CGGAAGGCACGUGAGGGGGCGUGGCGUAUCGCUCCCGGCCUGUGUGCGAGUGAAAGGGAGAGCUCGGAGUGGGCGGGGCCAGCUGACAGCGGGCUGGAGGUGGAAUGGCACAGACCGCUUAGCCUGAAGCAACAGAGACAGGUUAAGAGACCGGCUGAGGAGCAGCACAGAGUGUAAUACAGAGGCUGAGAGGAAAUGCCAGAGACUCACAAGUGACAUUGAAAGAAGUUACCCUUUCACACACAACAAUCCCCAACCAUGGAUGAUACUGAAUAUGGCCGUUUUGUGGACUGGGACAAAAUGGAGGGUGGUGGGCAAGAGCAAAGCACUAAGGUACUGAGCUGUACUGACUUUCAAGACUUGAAACAGAUGGCUCGCCAAGGACAUUGGGCAAAGAGCCACUCACUAAGGGCUAAGGUGUACCAAAAACUGAUCAAGGAGAUACCCUGUCGCACUGUGACACCCGACGCAUCCGUGUACCGUGACAUAGUGGGUAAGAUCGUGGGAAAGCGUCCUGCAAGCAGCCUCCCUCUCCCAGAAUUUGUAGAUGACCGCCAAAUCCCAAGCUACUGUUUGAAUUCUGAAGGCAUUGGAGCUGUCCGGAAAAUAAUUACGUGCAUCUCAAACCAGUUCCCAGAUAUUUCUUUCUGCCCUGCUCUCCCGUCCCUGGUGGCAUUGCUUCUCCACUACAGUCAGGAUGAAGCAGAGUGCUUUGAAAACGUGUCCCGAAUCUUGGCAUGCAAUGACCCCAACAGAAGACUUGUUGACCAAACGUUCUUGGCGUUUGAAUCCUCCUGUAUGACUUUUGGAGAUCUUGCUGGCAAGUAUUGCCAAGGUCCACACAAGCUCAUGGUGGCAGUGUCAGAAGAUGUAUUAGAGGUGUAUUCUGACUGGCAAAGAUGGAUCUUUGGGGAACUGCCUUUCGCUUAUAUUACACGUGUGUUUGAUGUGUUUCUGGUAGAAGGUUACAAAGUAUUGUUCCGUGUAGCCCUGGCUCUCCUUAAGUUCUUCCAUAAGGUCAGAGGCGGACAGCCUAUGGAGUCCAACAAUGUUAAACGAGACAUUCAGAUGUUUGUGAGAGACCUCAACCAAUGUGUAGCUCCUGAGAAGCUGUUAGAGAAGGCGUUUGCCAUCAGAUUAUUCUCGCGCAAGGAGAUCCAGUUGUUGCAGAUGGCCAAUGAGAAAGCCCUUCAGCAGAAAGGGAUUACUGUCAAACAAAAAAGAGUACAGUCUCCUGUCCGGCAGAAUGUCCACCUCGCCGUUCAUGCCGAAAACUUCAAGUCCGAAAUUGUGUCGGUGAAAGAAAUGCGUGACAUCUGGUCUUGGAUCCCCGAGAGGUUUGCGCUCUCCCAGCCGUUGCUGCUGUACACCAAUCGGGAGCACGGGAACAGCCUCAGCCGGUUCUAUUUGCACUGCGAAGGGCACGAGCCUACUCUGCUUCUGAUCAAAACGACAAACCAGGAGGUAUGCGGGGCUUUCCUCUCUACAGACUGGAGUGAGCGCAGGAGGAGUGGCAAUAAGUUGAGCUUUUUUGGGACAGGAGAAUGCUUUGUGUUUCGGUUGCAGCCAGAGGUUGAGCGAUACGAGUGGGUUGUAAUAAAGCACCCAGAACUUGGCAAAGUGAAUGCUUCAUCUGGUGACAAUGAUGCAAACUCUUCCCAGUCAGCCAAGGAUGGCAUUGAUCCUUCCGAUCGUCUCUCUCCAUUCCUGGCCACCCGACACUUCAACCUCCCGUCCAAAUCUGCUUCCAUGUUUAUGGCUGGCAGCACAGACUGCAUUAUUAUUGGCGGUGGAGAUGGGCAGGCGUUAUACUUUGACUCGGACCUCAACUAUGGCAGAACCAGUCACUGUAACACCUUCAACAACCAGCCACUCUGCUCCGAAACCUUCCAGAUUUCCAUUAUUGAGGUGUGGGGAUUCAAGGACAAUGUGAACAAUGACGGAGCUCACUCUGCCUUGCCUUGACCAUAACUAUGUCUGCUUAGAAUUCUGGGUUUGUCCCAGCUGAACUAAUGAAAGCAGGUUUGUUAUAAGCUCAGCGUGAGAGACUGCUCUACCAUCAGGGUGAUGCAGUUUGGCACAUUUUGUCUUAUAAAGGACACUGCUGAAAGCUUAAGCACUCUGCUCUCGGCAAUGGUGCCCUGUGGAUCUGAAUGGCACAUGUACACAGAUCUCUUGCACUGGUCUCCCCUACACUUACCAGCAAACCCCAUAUUGGCAUAUGGAUACUAUUAUAUCAUAUAAUAUUGGCUAAAGAGCUACCGUCGGUGUGUUGGUUUUGGCGCUAUACAGAAGACUUAAGUGCUGGAACCUUAAUAUACUCAUAUGAGCCAGCAGUUCUGAUCCUGCUUCCAUUGAUCUUCAACCUAUAUCUCUCUCAGAUGACACCGAACUAUAAUUCUAAGCAGGUUACAGAUCCCUGAUGUACUCUCGGACCAAAAUAUAUUGAUCUGAUGCUUCCCAAAUGUCUAAAGUGUUUCUCCCCAAAAUCCUCUGCCCUUCACUGAUAUUCCCUCCUGUACUUAGUGGGUUACAUUUACCAGCUGUCCCCUAUAUCUGUUUGAGUCUAAUGUGUUCCUCCAUCUCUGUGUUAUAUUAUUUCUCUCCCAUGGUAAGGAGUUCAUCAGGACCAAACCCCUUUUGUUGCAUGAAGGAAAAAAGAGACUGCCCUUUAAGUGGCCCUAGGACUUCAUUUGUCUUAAUUCCUCAAGUGUCUGUUGCUGUGACUGAAGUGAAGUGUUUGUAGAACUGAACCAGUAAUUUAUAUUGUCCUGAAUGAAUGGCCAAUCAUGUGACAGAGGAAUUUCCCAAAUAAACAAAGUGAAUUUCUUAAUAGA